UUGUCGAUCACAUUCACAGCUCUAGCUCUCUGCUGCUCCCAAUUAGAGUAACUAACUGCCUGCUGCCAUGUCCUCGUCCUGGCUCCACUCCGGCCGCCGGGGGGCUCGCUCCUGGAAGCAGAGCUGGACGGCACGCGCGCUCUCCUCCUUCUCGCUACCGCCGCCCGGCCUGCUCGCCUUCUUCGCCAUCGUCGUCUUCUUCCUCGCUGUCUCCAGCUGCGUCGACUACAAGGCCAUCGAGCGCCGCGCCGAGAUCGGUGCCCGCGUCUUCGCCGCGCCGCUCGCCCUCGCCGCCGCCUUCCUCCUCUUCGCUGCGCUCAGCUGGCGGCGCAGGUACUGGACCACCAGGAGGCGUGCCCGUGCCCACCACCACCACCUGACGACGGUGACGCCGGCUCCGGCUACCAACUCGCCCUGGGGCGUGGCGCUGGCGGUGGCCGUACUGCUAUAUCAAAGGCACACAAACAGUUACAAGAUUAUUGUAUAA